AAUAUAAAUUAAUUACUUUUAAAGGAAUAAGCUAUUUUAAGUCUAGCAAGAAUCCAGACGAGAUUGUAGAGAUCUUAUAAAAACAAUAAAUUGACCUUAUUAGAAAAUGUGAGGGGUGUUUAAACCAAUUACUAGAUAAAUAAAUUAACAUCUGUAAUUUAAACUCCUAUUAAAAACAGAAUUUAUAUAUGCAAAAACAUUUUAGACUGGUUUAAAAAGUAUUGCAAAAUAAGACGUUACAAGGUGGUAAAGCUAUGACUCAAGAAUACGAACUAACAGGAAGUUUUGAAGUCGUUGAAUAUUCUGAAAACAUUGAUGAAAUAUUGAAACUUUUAUGCAAUGGAUGUGAAGUUAGACAAUCAAAUUUGUCAAAAAAAAGUACAAAUAUUGUGUGCUUAAUGAAGAAAAAAUAUCUUUUUCUUGAUGAAGACAAAACUGUUUUAAGAUAUAAACCAUCAGUUCUACGGAGUAAUUUCAAAAUCUUGGUUUCAAACAUUAAUGAUAUAAAUGUUGCGGAAUCUAUUGAAACAAAACUCUGUUUUAAGAAGAAACUUCUUCAUCAGUUUAUUAUUUCAUAUAAAGAUGAAGAAAAUAAUGCACAUCAAAUAGGUUUUAUUGUAGAAGACCAAAACCAAUUGAAACUUUGGACUUCAGGUCUUCAAUAUUUAUCAGAUAAGUUUAAAAAACCAGAAGAUCCAAUUGUUGAUGAUUGGUUACGUGAGGCAUAUUUUGCUGCUGAUAUCAACAAGAAUAAUUUGCUUGGUUUAAAAGAAAUCAAUCAGAUGUUUAAUUCCUUAAACAUAUUUAAAGAAAACUCUGAUAUUAAGCUCAAAUUUCAAGAAUGCUGCAGUGAUGGUAAAAAUAAUGAGAAUGCACAGUUGACACGAACUGAGUUUGCAAAGUUUUUUAAGUUCUUUUCAUUUGAUAGUAAUGAAGUUUCGAGCAUAAUAAAGGAUUAUGGAAGAACAAUAUAUGGCAAAAUUUGCCUGAAUGCAGAAUCUCUACAAAAAUUUUUGUCAGAAGUACAACAGCAAAAGUUAAGUUUAAGUGAAUGCAAGAAGUUAAUUACAAAAUAUGAUGAAAAUAAAGGUUCUUUCCUUUCAGCUGAAGGAGUAAUAAGAAUGUUAAUCUCUGAGGAUAACGACAUUCUUGAUCCAAUACAUAAAAAUAUUCAUCAAGAUAUGUCACGACCUUUAACAGAUUAUUUUAUCAACUCAUCUCACAACACCUAUCUGUUAAGUGAUCAACUUGUUGGUAUGUCCAGCACUAAAGCAUAUGACAAAGCUUUAAAAAAAGGGUGUAAAACUUUGGAGUUGGAUUGUUAUGAUGGUGAAAACAAUGAACCAAUUGUAUACCAUGGUUUUACUUUAACAUCUAAAGUACUUUUCAAGGAUAUAAUUGAUACUAUUGCAUUUGGUGCAUUUUUACAGUCAGAUUAUCCAGUAAUUUUGUCUUUUGAAAAUCAUUGUUCACCUGAGCAACAAAUUGUCAUGGCACAACAUUUAAAAGAAAAACUAGGAAACAUGCUGUUUGUUGAAGAUCCUGAUGUAAAUCAAUCAAAGCUCCCCUCUCCAGAAGCAUUAAAAAGAAAAAUUUUCAUAAAGGCAAAGAAACGAAGUCAAAAUGCAGAAAUUGAUGAUGAUGCAGUUGAUGCAAGCAUCAAGAAACGUCAAUCCAAAAUAAAGCAGAAAAUUAAUGUAGCUGAAGAAUUCUCCAACAUUAUAAACUAUGUUGAGUCUAUUACUUUUAAGUCGUUGGAGCAGGGCCUUGCUUCUCAAAAGUAUUUUCAAAAUGUAUCACUUGGUGAGAAAAAAUUAUUGCAACUUGGUAAAGAUUAUCCAAUGAAACUUAUUGAAUAUAGCAAUAAAUUUUUGGUAAGGACAUAUCCUAGAGGUUCAAGAAUUGACUCCAGCAACUACAAUCCAACUAAAGGAUGGGUGUUUGGUUGCCAAAUUGUUGCAUUGAAUUUUCAAACCCCAGGGGAAUUGAUGGAUAUUAAUGAUGGCUUGUUUGCUUUGAAUGGGAAAUGCGGAUAUGUCCUCAAACCUGAGUGUUUAAGAAGUGGCAAGUUUGAUCCUCAAAAUGUUGAAAAUUUCAGUAAAACUGUUUGUAAAGUCAACAUCAAGAUUAUAAGUGGACAUCUGCUUCCAAAAGCUUCAAAAGAUGGAACUAUACCAGAUCCUUUUAUCAGAGUAAACAUACAUGGUAUCCCUAAGGAUGAAGUUCUUGGAAAGUUUGCAACAAAAAAAAUCAAAAGAAAUGGUUUCAAUCCCCAGUGGAAUGAGGAUUUUCAAUUUGAUUUGUAUGCACCUGAAUUAGCACACAUAAGAUUUGCCAUUAGUGAUAGUGACAUGGGUGCGGAUGAUUAUAUCUGCCAGUACUCCAUACCUUUUUCUGCCAUAAGAACAGGUUAUCGACGGGUGCCACUACUCAAUCGUUCAGGUCACACAAUUCGAAAUGCUUCUCUUUUGGUCUUUAUCCAAAAAAAUAUUAAAUAGUAUAUAGGCAUAAAUUAUAAAGUUGUAAAUAGCAUCACGCGUAUCACGCGUUGGUAAAUAGCAUAGGCAUCACGCGUUAGUUAGGAAAAUUUGCAGUUUUUUUAUUUUUGAUUCGAUAUUGUAUUAAUCUUACAUACAAUUACUUUUAAUUAUUGCACAUUUUUUUAAAUUAAAUUUAAAAUUUUAGGUAUAUUUUAUAAAAUGAAUUAUAUUAAUCACAUUAAA